AGGCCCCAGCAGCCGCCGCCUCCCCCUCCAUGGCCGCCGCUCUCGCCGGCUGCAUUGUGGGAAGCUGACCUCACUCGCUGCUGCCGCCGCCCCGCCGGCUCCGGCACUCGCCGCCAUGGGGGCCGUGACCGACGAUGAAGUUAUCCGCAAGCGGCUGCUGAUCGAUGGCGAUGGAGCUGGCGACGACAGGCGGAUCAAUUUGUUGGUGAAGAGUUUCAUUAAGUGGUGUAAUUCCGGAUCUCAGGAGGAAGGAUACAGCCAGUACCAACGGAUGCUGAGUACUUUAUCACAGUGUGAAUUUUCAAUGGGAAAGACUCUGCUGGUGUAUGACAUGAACCUGAGAGAGAUGGAAAAUUAUGAAAAAAUCUAUAAGGAUAUAGAAAAUAGUAUAGCUGCAGCCCAUGAGAAGAUCUCUGAAUGCAAAAAACAAAUCCUGCAAGCAAAAAGGAUUCGAAAAAAUCGCCAGGAAUAUGAUGCAUUGGCCAAAGUCAUACAGCAUCACCCAGACAGACAUGAAACACUGAAGCAGCUAGAAGCUUUGGGAAAAGAGCUGCAAAAUCUUUCUCACAUUAAAGAAAACGUUGAAGAUAAGUUGGAGCUGAGAAGGAAGCAGUUCCAUGUUCUCCUGAGCACCAUCCAUGAACUUCAGCAAACCCUGGAGAAUGAUGAAAAACUUUCAGAAGCUGAGGAAUCACAAGAAACUCAGAUGGAAGCAGAGGCCAAGCAGUAGAUGUCAUAUGAAGACUGAAUUACUACUCAAGAAAAUCCAAGUAUCUUCACUUUCUGUUGAAAUCAACAGUAAGAGAGAGGAAGCUGGAAAUAGUUUUCUACUGCUUCUGUGAAUUUUUAUACAAAAGUACGUGUUUUGCAUAUGUUUCAGGGGAAAAGAGUUGCAGAUAUUUGCAGGCAGGCACUCAGUGUUAAUCCACAAACUUUGUAAUUUGUGACAAAUAUACUUUGUUUCACAAAGGAUGAAGCUUUUACACCAUACUUGUGAACUGAGGUGUUUGUAAAACUUUGCCAAUAAAAGGUGUUUUCACAGA